AUGUGUGUGCCUACUUGCGCCUACGAGCCCGCGGCUAUGCCCGCUAUUCCCACUGAGCCCGAGUUCCAGCAGGCUUAUAACGAGCUUGCCUCCACUCUCGAGAACUCUACCCUCUUCGAGCAGCACCCUGAGUACCGCAUCGCCCUCAAGGUCGCCUCCAUUCCUGAGCGUAUCAUCCAGUUCCGCGUUGUCUGGGAGGACGACAACGGCACCCUCCAGGUCAACCGUGGUUACCGUGUUCAGUUCAACUCUGCCCUUGGUCCUUACAAGGGUGGUCUCCGAUUCCACCCCACCGUCAACUUGUCGAUUCUCAAGUUCCUUGGUUUUGAGCAGAUCUUCAAGAAUGCCCUCACUGGCUUGAACAUGGGUGGUGGCAAGGGUGGUGCUGAUUUCGACCCCAAGGGAAAGAGCGACGCCGAGAUCCGACGAUUCUGCAUUGCCUUCAUGAAGGAGCUCAGCAAGCACAUUGGUGCCGAUACCGACGUUCCCGCCGGUGAUAUUGGUGUUGGUGGCCGCGAGAUCGGCUACCUCUUCGGCUGCUACCGCAAGGAGCGCAACCGAUUCGAGGGUGUCCUCACUGGCAAGGGUCUCACCUGGGGUGGCUCUCUCAUCCGCCCCGAGGCCACCGGCUAUGGUCUCGUCUACUACGUCGACCUCAUGCUCCAGCACAUGGGCAAGGAGGGCUUCGCCGGCAAGCGUGUCGCCAUCUCCGGUUCCGGCAACGUCGCCCAGUUCGCCGCCCUGAAGUGCAUGGAGCUCGGCGCCUCCGUCGUCUCCCUCUCCGACUCCAAGGGUACCGUCCUCAUCGAGGGCGAGGGCUCUUUCACCCCCGAGGACAUCCAGGUUGUCGCCGACCUCAAGGAGCGCCGCCGCCCCAUCGUCGAGUUCGACUCCCAGGGCAGGACCAAGUACAUCGCCGGUGCCCGCCCCUGGAUCCACGUCGGCAAGGUCGACAUCGCUCUCCCCUGCGCCACCGAGAAUGAGGUCAGCAAGGAGGAGGCCGCUCACCUCGUCGAGAACGGCACCUUCGUCAUCGCUGAGGGCUCCAACAUGGGUUCCACACAGGAGGCUAUCGACGUCUUCGAGGCCCACCGUGCCGAGAAGGGCGCUGACGCCAUCUGGUACGCUCCCGGCAAGGCUGCCAACUGCGGUGGUGUUGCCGUUUCCGGUCUCGAGAUGGCCCAGAACUCUCGCCGUCUCCCGUGGUCCGCCCAGGAGGUUGACGACAAGCUCAAGGCCAUCAUGAAGAACGCCUUCGAGAACGGUCUCGAGACUGCCAAGACGUACGUCGCUACUAAGGAGGGCGAGCUUCCCUCGCUCGUUGCUGGCUCCAACAUUGCCGGUUUCAUCAAGGUCGCCGAGGCCAUGCACGACCAGGGUGACUGGUGGGCCAAGUGCAUCGUCUAA